AUGACAGCCAUCGAUCAGCUGGCCAAGUCAUUCAAUCUUGGCUAUAAAAUCCCAAGUUCAGCCAUCAGUUGUGAACGUCGUAAUGGCUACCGUCUUGGUCAGCGUCUAUCGGAUCCUCAGGCGGAGGCCCGCUUCACCUCCUCGAUCGCCAACAAGCUUUCCUCGCUGAAGGGCUCUACCACCACAACCACCGUCGCCAGCCCUACCGGCACUACCAGCCCAUCCUCCUCCACGCCAACUACGGAGACUGUAACGACCUCCCCCACAGCGCCCACCACCUCCACGGGCACCUCGACCUCGACCACCACACCCACGACCACCUCCGGCACCGGCACCCGUCGUUUCUUCCCUGAUGGCGAACUCAACGAUGACGAGGAGGAGGACCUCGGUCUGCCACGCUCCUUUGCCGAGGAGGAGGACGAGGACGACGAGGAGAACCUGUUGGACGAGGAAGACAGGGAGGAUGACGACGAUGAUGGCUUCUACAUGGUCUCGCCGGCUGGCGGAAAUGGAGGCGGAAACGGCAACGGCAACAGCGUCCAGGCCGCGGAACAGUCCUCGGGAGUGGUCCGUCCGUCGGACAAUCAGUGGCGUCAGUUCCAGGUGGAGCAGCGCAACCGCCGACGCAUCCAGCGGCUGCAGCGCGAACAUAACCAGCGCAUUCGCGCCCUGCUGCGCCGCCAGCGCCGCUCCGAGAAGCGCAGCCAGCAGCGACUGCGCCGCGUCCGCCAGCAGAACCGACGCCGCCGCUCGCAGCGCCAGCGCCGCAACCGCAAUCGCAACCGCGCCCAACGUCAACGUCAUCGUCGCAACAAGGCCGGCAUGCGUCGCCGCCAGCAGAGCCAGCGUCAGCGCCGUCACCGUCAGCAGCAGCGUCGCCGUCUGAUGCGUCUUCUGCGUCGUCGUCGUCGUAACCGUCGCGGUCGCAGCCUGGAGUAAGGACCUGCCCCCCCGCCCCCGCAAACCCUUGGACGUACUUCU